AUGGAUUUCGCGGUGCGCGGGAGGCGCGGCGGGGGCACGGCGAGGCGGCUCGUGGCGCGCGCCAAGGCGCAGGUGCGCGCCGCCAGGGCGCAGGCGAAGGCCCCCGCCAGGGGCAAGAAGGGCGCCACGGCCGUGGGCGGGCCGCUUGCCGCGGGCGGCGCGGCCAGGAGAGACGGUUGCCUCGCAGCGCGCGGCCGCCGCUGGCAAGGGCGGCAAGGCCGCCAAGGGCACGAAAGGUGCGCAGCCGGGCAGGGGGCUGAAGCGCAAGGCGGCGGAGGCGGAGGGCGGCUGCAGCUCCGCCACGUACGAGGGGCCGCCCAAGGAGACCUCUCCGCGUCGCCGCUGCACACGGUCGUGUGGUCGCGCAUCAUCCUCGACGAGGCGCACCGCAUCAAGGGGCGCACCAACAGCACCGCGCUCGCCGCCUACGAGCUGAAGAGUUCCUGCGCGAAGUGGUGCUUGACGGGCACGCCGCUGCAGAACCGCGUCGGAGAGCUGUACUCCCUCAUUCGCUUCCUGAGGAUGCGCCCGUACGCCUUCUACUACUGCAAGAAGAAAGGCUGCGACUGCGAAUGCCUGACCUUCAGCCGCGACCGCUACUGCCCCAACUGCGGCCACGUCUGCUUCAUGCACUACUCCGCCUUCAAGAAAGAG